GGCAGUCACCACGUGGACCCCGCGAGGUGUGUAUCAAUCUGAAGUGGGGAUAUACAGGGGUCCCAGUGACCCGUUUGUUGUAUGGGUGGCCUGCAUUUUCAACUCUCAAGAGUCCUGAGGAAAGCCAAGUCAAGGCAGCGUGUUCACAUCGGCCACUAUGGGUACCAUGAGUGAGGUGGUCACGUCCCGGCCCCCCACCUUCGAAAAGAAGACUCCCUCCCAGACAGCCCUACACGAUAAACAGAGGCAGGCAGCAGCCGAUCCCACCACGCAGGAAUUUGACCUCGGGGUGGAGAGUCAGCUGCAGCCAGUGGAGGGUUUCGGCCCCUACUUCAAGCUCAUCCCGGCCACUGGGCAAGUUAAGGAGCUCCAGACAAUCAUUCGCGACAGGAACACAUCUCGAAGCGACUUCAAAUUCUACGCAGACAGAUUAAUCAGACUGGUAGUGGAGGAGGGACUCAACCAGUUACCUUACUCCGACUGCACCAUCACCACUCCAGUAGGAUGUCAGUAUCAAGGUCUACAAUUCGUCAAGGGCAAUUGCGGCGUGUCUAUCGUUCGCUCAGGAGAGGCCAUGGAGCAGGGCUUGCGAUCCUGCUGCCGCUCCAUCAGGCUCGGCAAGAUACUGGUGGAGUCUGACCUGGAAACUCACGAGGCGAGGGUGGUCUACGCGAAGUUCCCGGACGACAUCAGCCAGCGGAAGGUUCUCCUCAUGUACCCCAUUAUGAGCUCAGGGAACACCGUGAUCAAGGCAGUGAACGUGCUGCAGGAACAUGCCGUGGAGGAGGAGAACAUCAUCCUGCUCAAUCUUUUCUCCACGCCAGCCGCAGCCCGCACCAUCACCAGCGCCUUCCCCAGGAUGCACAUCCUGACAUCGGAGGUCCAUCCCGUUGCUCCCAACCACUUCGGUCAAAAGUACUUCGGCACAGACUAAGACCCAAGAUCGAAAGGGAGGCAGGGGAACUGGAGUGCUGCCUACGUCUAAGGCGCAGCAGAGCUAUCCAAGCUCUCCUGACUCCAAACACCGCCAAAUAAUUUCCAUGGACAGACAGGUUUCCAUGAAGGGAACAAUGUUUUGUGUGGCUGAGCCUCACAGCACCGGCUGUGAGAUUUGGUAAAGUGUUAUGUAGGCUGUAGGAAUUUUGCAUUUGCAGUAUUACAAUGUAUUUAUAUAUUUUCUUAUGUAAUUUUUCAUUACUCUUCCAUUUGCCUGGUGUUUGGCGCAGAACAAUUGCUUUGGAUUAGUUCUAUGUAUGAUUGCCAAUAAUGCUGUGAUUUAUUUAGAUAUUGCACUUACAGUGACAUGAUGUAUAUAGACUACAUGUAUAUAUUGUAUGUAUAUUUAAAGUGUCGAUAUUGACUGGAGAGUAGCAAGUCGAUACGACUUUUAUACAAUCAAUCAAGUGAUGACAGUCAACAUGUACGUAAUGUACUAACAACAUCCAGCAGACAGCACAGGCCUCUCUAAUACCCACCUCUGGCUUUUCUCCCAGGGGUGAUUGUUUAUGUACUUUAGGCCGAUAAAGAGGUCUGUGCAGUGAGACAAAGUAAUCUUUGAAUUCUGACGGUCAUGUUGAAAAUGCAUGAAAGUUGUAAUCAUGUGCAAUAUUUUAAGUGUUCUGUGUUUUCCUGGAUCAAUGAGUCUCAACUCCAUUUCACUCAUUUCCAUUUCUUAUUGCAUUGACUCAUUCUCUAACGACAUUCAACAUUCCUCCAGUAGGGAGCAUCAGUGUUACCCGCUGGGCACACACCCAGGGGCGGCUGUGCUGCUAUGAGGAACCUACCUUCAGCAAACCACUUAAGCUACCACGAUGCACUGGACUCCCGUUUUUAUGCAUGCCAUAAAUGUGUUCGAUUACAAUCUUAGAGAUUCUUCUUUUCUUAUUUAUAUGCAUCUGGACAGAUUUUUGUUGCACAAACACUUUACAAGUGAAGUUGGUGUACAGGCUUAAGAGGUCCUCUAUGUGCAUUGUUGCAGUGUAACAUAGUGGCGCUGUGUAAUCAAAAUAAAAGCUAAAA